AAGGAAAGAACGAGUUACCUGUGAUUUGAUUCCAAAAUCUUCAGAUCCUUGCUUGAGAAUGAAAUCAAGUCAAACGACAGAUGAGGCAGCGUUCGUGCCUGAUUGUCAUCCUCGACCAGAACAUCAAAUCCAGAUCAAGGUCACGUGUCACCAUGCCUCUUCGGAGGUCGAAUUCUUGUGUUGACAUUGACUUCACACUCCGUCGCAAAUUCAAGAGGACCUCUUUCAGACCUCUUCAGCGGGAUGUUAUCGUUGCAGCUCUGGCGGGAGACGAUGUCUUCGUCCAAGCAGCUACAGGCUUUGGCAAAAGCUUGUGUUUCCAAUUACCUGCAGUCAUAGACCAUGGCAUCACUAUCGUCAUAUCUCCACUUCUAGCUUUGAUGACGGACCAAGUAAAUGCUCUGCGAGUUGCCGACAUUGCAGCUGGCACUAUCAACGGAAAUACGCCAUAUGAAGAAAAACAACGUCUGCUUCAAGAUCUGGCAACCGGCCACCCACUUACCCGGCUUCUCUAUGUCACGCCAGAGCAGUGUGCUUCAGAAGGCUUUCGAAAGCACCUGAAAGUUGUGUACGAGCAAAAGGAAUUGGCAAGGAUUGCGGUUGACGAGGCUCAUUGCAUAUCAGAAUGGGGCCAUGACUUCCGCCCUUCCUUCAAAGAACUGCGGUGGUUCAGAGACAACUUUCCAGAGGUUCCUGUCAUCUGCCUUACUGCAACGGCAACAGAGCAGGUUCGGAACGAUUGUAUCAAUAUUUUAGGAUUGUCGCCUACCAAGUUGAAGGUCUUCACUAUGUCCACAAGCCGAAAGAACCUUCACUAUGAAGUAAGAUUCAAGAGCGAUGAAGAGGACCACUUUGACGACUUUCUGGGCUGGUUGCAAGGGGCUCACAGGCGCCGUUCAGAAAAUAUGGCGCGGCGAGCCGAACUUGAAAAGGAGGGGAAACGGCUAGACAACGUGUCUGGGAUCAUCUACACUAUUUUUCGACAAGACUGCGAGACUCUAGCAGCCCGCCUCCGCCACUGCGGCAUUGGUGCUAAGCCUUAUCAUGCAGGUCUCCCCAACAAUGAGAAGAACGAAACUUUGCAGCGAUGGGUAAAUAACGACAAAGGCUACGACGUGAUAGUGGCAACCACGGCAUUCGGCAUGGGUAUCGAUAAAGAGGACGUUCGUUUUGUGGUUCAUUGGCAAUUGCCAAAAUCGUUUGAGGGCUUCUACCAAGAAGCCGGACGAGCAGGUCGGGACGGCAAAGCUAGUAUCUGCAUAAUGUACUACAGCCGGGAAGACCGGGACCGGGCAUACAAUCGGAUGAGCAAGGACAGCAAAGAAAAAUCGAAUCUUGAAGCGAGAGUAAAGAGCCUGAAUGCUUUGGUAGCGUACUGCGAGGAUGUGGAGACAUGUCGACAUCGAAUGAUAUGCAGAUACUUUGGAGAAAAGGACAUCCCAGAAUGCGAAUACGCUUGUGACUGGCACAAAGAUGUAGCCAAGCUCAAAAGAGCAAAGCAAAACGGCUUACAGAGUGAAGAAUGGGUCAGCACUCAAAGAGAGAUGGGACGAUAUGACAGUGGGUACGAUGGCUACGACUGAGCAUAAUGGCAGAGGGCAUGCAUGGGCAUUGCAGGAGAUUGCUGGAGAUUGAUACCCCAAAGAAGUGGUGUAAGCUCACCAAACUAAUGUAUGAAUUUUAUCAGUGCUGUGGAAAGCAAUCAGCAUUGCUCUCAUCUACUCCUGAAAGCUGAGAAUAAGCAUGGUUCGGUCCACCCUUUUACCUCUGUGUCCUGACCACCUUUGAAUAUGAAGAAGCGU